GCCGCCGCGCCGCCGGCCCCGCCCAGGCCCCGCCCCCGCCGCCCGGACCCCCCGAGCCCGAGCGCGCCGGCCGCCAAGCCAGACUCCGCGCGCCCCGAGCUGCUUCUCCGCACAGGCGAGCCCCCCCACCCAAAGCCAAGAUGUCCAGCAAGCGGGCCAAGGCCAAGACCACCAAGAAGCGGCCACAGCGGGCCACGUCCAAUGUGUUCGCCAUGUUUGACCAGUCCCAGAUCCAGGAGUUUAAGGAGGCUUUCAACAUGAUUGACCAGAACCGCGAUGGCUUCAUUGACAAGGAGGACCUGCACGACAUGCUAGCUUCACUGGGGAAGAACCCCACCGACGAGUACCUGGAGGGCAUGAUGAGCGAGGCGCCGGGCCCCAUCAACUUCACCAUGUUCCUCACCAUGUUUGGGGAAAAGCUUAAUGGCACAGACCCCGAGGACGUGAUCCGCAAUGCCUUUGCCUGCUUCGACGAGGAGGCCUCAGGCUUCAUCCACGAGGAUCACCUCCGGGAGCUGCUGACCACCAUGGGCGACCGCUUCACCGAUGAGGAGGUGGACGAGAUGUAUCGCGAGGCGCCCAUCGACAAGAAAGGCAACUUCAACUACGUGGAGUUCACGCGCAUCCUCAAGCAUGGGGCCAAGGACAAGGAUGACUAGGCCGUCCCCCACGCCUGGCCCCCCCUGCACGCGCGCGCACACGCACGCGUACACACACACACACACACACACACGCUGAGGGCCGAGGGGCCUGGCUCUCGAGAAGGAAGCAGCCACGAGAAGCACAGUCAGCGUGAGGCAGGUGCCCACACCGGGACCUAGACCCCAGAGGGGCGCCUCACCCCCCUGCCAGGGAACAUGCCUGGAGCUGAGCCACGGGAAAGGCCAGCAGGCACCGAGGCCCCUCGAGAGGCCGCCUCCGCUGUGGCUACUCACUCCUGGGCUGCCCAGGAGGAAGGGGUCCCGGGUCCUGGUGUCCGAUGCCAUGCCACUUCCCACUACCCCCCAAACACACUCACCGCAUCCCCCCUCAGAGGGUGGGACAGCAGGCCUUCCCCUGUGCCCGUUCUGCCCAGAGCACGCCGAGGAGAGGGGCAUCGAGGGGGGCUUGUCCUCAAUACAUGGCUGAGCACUG